UGGCUUUGGAUUUUGCUGACGCAAAGGUAAUCUUUGAAGGUUCAUUGAAAACUAUAUUCUCAAAGUGUCCGUAUUACAGGAUUCACUCAAGUACCACUUGCACCUUUUUUUAUUUUAAAUUAAGAGGGUCUGUGUCAUAGAUGGGUUAAUCAUUUUUUUAGUGUUUAGCUUUCUUGUACGUUAUACUGUACUUGAUUCGAGCAGGGAAUUUUUAACCAAUUUCAACAGAUAAUUCCAAAAUUGUAAAUUUUGAUGUAUUUUAUUUUCAAAACACAUUACAAUUCAGUUGCAACAAAUCUUGCCAUAACGAAUUUUUCAUUAUAACGCCUUUUUUCUUGGUCCCAGCAGUUUUGUAUUGUGAGAACGCUUUAAUAAUCUAAUUUUGUACCAAGUAAGCCCUGUUUUAUCAAUGGUCCGCAAAGAUCAUUUCAUCGUGUGAAGAAAUGGGAAAAUUUCAACUUGUGCAUCAUCAAAAAAUGAAAGCUUUUUGAAAAAUGAAAUUUAAUACAGCAUUGCAAAAAAAUGCGCAUCGGGAUCCUUUUUUGAAUUUGUUUAGGCUCAUAUUGAGAAUUUUGCAAUGGCUCUUUAUUUUCAAAUGAACGCUACAGUAUCUAUCGAAGAAUGUACCUCUUGUAUAUUCAACGAACAAUCGAGUGUUCUCGAAUAAAGGGCAUUGGAAGGAGGCACUUCUUUCGCGUGACUUCUGUGUAAUUUUCUUCUUUGAGACCAUCAGCAUACAAUUGAGGAAUUUGAAUCAAGACGGGUUCAAAAUUAGAGGAGUUCAUUUCAAAAUUUACGUUUGGAUUUCACCAGAGAGAGUUAUAAAUAAUGACGAGUCUUCAAUGUUCAGUAUUUGUUGCAGAAGUAAUUUACAAUGUUUUUCAAACUUUUUCCGCAAAAACCCACUCGUAAAUGUUUUAAAAAUUAUGAAUCUCAGUACCUGUAUACCGCAUUUUUCGUUAUAACGAAUUUUUAUCAGGUCCCUGGGAGUUCGUUAUUGUAACAAGCUUAUAUUUUAUUGCAAUUUACAGUCUCAAAAACCUGACAUGCGUCAUAAUCUUUUAUCCAAAUUUUAGGCUGAAAAAUGCAGGUGUGUCUUAUUCAAGGCUAUGUGGUACUUGAUUAAACACCGUAGCUCAGACUUCGUUCUGACGAUCUGAAAAUUCAGAAUGUGACCCACGAAUUCUCCACUACGCACUCACGCACACCCCACAUGCAGUAAUUAAAAAUAAAAUCACUGAAUGAUGAAAAAUAGCUCAGGGGAUCGCAAUUCCCCAACUGACUUGACCGACUGACCAAGUUCAUGGAUGUUGCAAAAUGCGUCGAUGGUUGUUGCUGGUCCACGUGCUCGGCGAUCAGUUGCCUAUAGAUCAGUUUAUUCACAGAUCAUGAAUAAUUCUCGUCUGCCCCGAAGCAUCCAUGGGCAAAACUUGCAAGUCUUUCGCAAUGAGGGCCGAAAUGUGCAUGCGUUUUUGUUUUUUCGUUUUUCCCCGUCUCCCAAUAUUUUAUGAAUAUGAAACUAGGCGCACUGCUGAUUAAUUCAUCGGAAUUGUUGGCUAGUCUCCGCUGCCGUUUCAAGGUUGCCUUUUGUAAGGAUAUUUUGCUUAUCGACAAGAGGAAAAUGUGUGUGUGUGUGUGAAAAAAUUGUCUUUUACUUGAUUAGGUCAUGUCUUUCCGUGUGGGAUGGAACAAUGUUUUGUAUAUGUGCGACUGUGGAAAUUUGAAACCGAUAACGGAGGUGUAUCUGUGUAAGAUUUGCUUCGCGCUGAGAUGCAAGACCACGUGCUUGAGUACAGAGAUUGACUCGCAUUAUUGUCCUGGAUGUCUGGAGAACUUGCCGUCCGCAGAAGCUGCGUACAAUGGGAAUCGUUGUUCGAACUGCCUGGAAUGUCCGGUUUGUGGCCAGGGUUUGAUAGUCGUUGGCACUUCGUCCACGAAACAUGCACCGGAAGCGAGUGUGGAAGAAGUGGCGGUGGUUCCGGAAACCCCGGUCCAAGGCAGUCAGGCGAACGCAGAAGCCGUUGAGAAGAUCAAGUUGUUUCAUUACUUACAUUGCUUGCACUGCAGAUGGUCUUCACGGGAUAUUGGAUUACACGACACUGCGAAUUCGGCCCUUUGUGUUUGGCAACCACCUGUCGCGCCCAAUGCGCAGCGAUUGAAGGACACCAUCGUGUUUCACAAUCAGAACAUAGGACAAUAUUUUGCUGACCUGGAAGCUGAAAAGAAGGAGGAAAUGAAGCGAUUGUCCAAAAAUAAAAAUAGGUUUUCAGCGAAUCAGGAAAAGUUUCGGUCUUCGAAAAUGAGUUACUUGCUGGGAACACCUUCAUUGAAAGCUUGGUCAAAGAGCGUGUCACCCAUGAAAGAGAAGUCGAAGCAGAUUUUGAAGGUUCCUCCGCUGACUCCAUUGAAAAGGUUGACGUUAGAAGAUCUGCAAAACGACGAAACUGAGAGCUUUAGCGCCAUUUCGGCUGUGAUAGGCCAAAUGCAAAUCACUUCCUUGGAACAGAGACUAAAGAACCCAUCCCUGCAACCGGAGUUGGUCACUGACUUAUUUCCAGCCAGGAAGCACCUUGCCACGAAACGCUGCUUGAGAUGCUUGAAGUGUGGAAGAACCGUGUGCAAACCAGAGUAUCAUCCGCUGUCAAUUAAAUUCAAGGUCCAGGGACAAGCUUACAUCGUGGUUCCUGAAGUGAAGAUUGAGAGUUUCCCGGUCAUUGACGAUCUGGCCAAGGAAUCUUCCGAAUUUGUUAUUACUAUUCGGAAUCCGAACGCCAACAUAACAACCAUGAAGAUUAUUCCUUGGGAGAUUUUCGAAGCCGACAAACCCGUUGCUGGACAAGUUUCUUGUGCGGAGUCUCCUCAAGGUGAUGCUGAUGUACCAAAUAACCCCGCCACGGAACGGGAGGUGCCGAUUUGUAAACUCAGAGAACGUCCAGAAUUGGUUUCAAAUGCAGAGCUUCUCAUUGAUCCUGUCGCGUAUGAAAAUGGACUCGACCUGGACCCGAAGAACGAUGCCGCCGAAUUUGAUGAUUUCCUGUCCGUCCAACCGCAACGAGCGGAUCCUUCAGUUGUUGUCAGAAGAAGAAACAACGCCAUGGCACUGAAGGUGCGUGUACGACCAAAGGAAACCUUGAAGCAUGGAGACGAGCUCGUGACGUCGUUUGUGCUGCAGUACGGAUACCUGAACAAUGUUUACACCAUUCAGGCGACUACCGGAGAACAAGACCAGAUGAACACCAUCACCGUCAAGUGUUUUGGUGCAUUGAGUGCUCUCCAUAUUUCUUUCGGUUCCGAAGAAGUCAUGUCGGGAAAUGCAGUGUCAGUGAUUGCGAAGCCGCAACUGCGCGGUCUCCUGCUUUCGUACUUGAAGAAGCAUUUGAUCAUUGCAACCGUGCUGUCGGUGGCGACUGGGUUCGCUGUCAAGGCCCUCAUCAAUGACCCGAGAAAAACUGCCUACGCCAACUUCUACAAGAAUUACGAUCCCGACGUGGAGUACGAGAAGAUGAAGAAGCUAGGCAUUUUCCAGUCGAGCAAGUAGAUCAAGACUCUUGUGAGGUUUUUUCGUUAGUGUCACCGAUGUUCCCAAGCUGUCGGACUUCGGGAAUGAUUUCCGUAGGUGUUACAGCAGAGGAUGCACUGAGUCGUCGUCAGGAGCGCUGUUUCAGUUUCAUUGAAAGGAUUUGUGGUGUAAUAAAAAGAAAAUGUCGAUGAA